AUGCAAUAAUUUAAUCACGAUACUUCCUAUCGUAGUUGAAUACUUGAUCUCCAUUUUAUAAAAAUGGCAACCGUGAGUGUAGGAUGUGGAGAUUUUUUAGAGUUUCAGGAUGCAUUAAAAAAAAUGCGACAACUUGAUGACAAAAUUAUUUACAUGCUAAAUACCAUACUUCCAACGGAAUCGUUUAAAGGACAAGUUGAUCCUACUGUAAAAUGCAAAGAUUUAUAUGAACAAAUUCAAUCAGGCCAUAAAACAAGAGAAUUAGCUAUUACAAGGUGUCUAAAUGCAUCAAAAGAAAAAGUGAAACAAUUAAAGACUGAAAGAGAUAAUGGUAAUGAGAGUCCACAACUUCUUAAAGCAUUAAGAAAAGAACAGAACACUGUCCGUCUAUUACAAUCAGAAUUGAAUAUAGAAGAAGUUGUAAAGGAACAUACAAUUGAUGUUUAUUACAAUAAAUGUCGUGUCUUUUAUAAACCACCAAAUUUAGAAAUUUAAAUUUGUUGUUACCUUUUUAAAAAUAUUUUAAAAACAUCAAUUUUUUAUAUGAUUGUAAAGUUAACUACAAAUAUAUAUUAAAAUGUUAAUUUUAAAUGUGUUUA